AUCCUGCAAAAGGUGGCAUCUGAGGUAUGAUGUGAAGGAAGGUAAGGAUUCUUUGAGAAGGUGAGGGAGGACCGAUAAGAAAGAAGACAGAGCUACUUAGGUCUUAUUUACUAGUUUUCUCUGCUAAGGAGAAAAAUUUGUGGACUAUAAUAGAUGAAAUUAACAUAUGUAAUAGGGAGUUGAUACCCAAAUAAGGAGAUAGUAAGAGAACGUCUAGCUGCCAUCAAUUAAUUCAAGUCUCCUCGUCCAUUCUCCGGUGCUGGAAGAUGUAAUGAGUGAGUCACUCUCAGUGGUCUUUGAAAUAUCAUGCAGAAUGGGUGAGGUAACACAGAAUUAAAGAAGGACAAAGUUUUCAGUUUCAAGAAAGCCCCUUAUGAGCUCAUGACCACCUGUGCAGAAGAAUAGGCCCCUUGGGGCUCCAGGAAUAUUUCCCGGAAUUCAGCCAAAAUCAUGAACACAAGGCUCUAUCUCUUUGAAAAAAGGUCCAAUAGAUAGACCAAGUUAGCAACGAAGAAGGAUAGAGAAUUCUGGGCAUCUGAUGGCUUUGAUUCUCCUAUGAGAUGGGACCACGUUUAGGAGUGAGAUGAAGUCUGAAGGUGACAAACAGCGGAAAGUCCGAUUUCGGAUUGCUUCAUCUCACAGUGGGCGAGUCCUGAAGGAGGUUUACGAAGAUGGAGAACCUUCAGACUCGCUGGAUUCCGAAUGUGCCAGUAGCUGUGGGACAGAUCACAAUAGUGGUCCAAGCGAAGGAGCAGGACAACAAAAUGGCCAUUUAGGAUCAGAGGGCGAUGAAAAUGAAAACGACCAGGAUAACUUGCUUGUGUUAGCAAGGGCUGCCACUGAGAAGGGAUUUGGUACAAGACGAGUCAACAUUUUAAGCAAAAAUGGUACAGUCAGAGGCAUCAAAUACAAAGUUAGUGCUGGCCAAGCCCUUUUUAACAACUUAACCAAAGUGCUACAGCAACCGUCAACUGAUCUAGAAUUUGAUCGGAUAGUGAUUUACACAACUUGCCUUCGUGUGGUAAGGACGACUUUUGAAAGGUGUGAACUUGUUAGGAAAAUCUUCCAGAAUCAUCGAGUCAAAUUUGAAGAGAAAAAUAUUGCUCUGAAUGGUGAAUAUGGAAAAGAGCUUGAUGAGAGAUGCAGGAGGGUGUCCGAAGCACCUUCUCUGCCUGUUGUGUUUAUUGAUGGCCAUUACCUUGGGGGUGCUGAGAAAAUUUUGUCAAUGAAUGAAUCGGGUGAACUGCAAGAUCUCUUAACUAAAAUUGAGAGAGUUCAGCAUCCACAUGAAUGUCCUUCCUGUGGGGGCUUUGGCUUCCUUCCCUGUUCAGUGUGCCAUGGAAGCAAGAUGUCAGUGUUUCGGAACUGCUUCACAGACUCUUUCAAAGCCCUGAAAUGCACAGCUUGUAAUGAAAAUGGACUGCAGCGCUGCAGGAGUUGUACGAGCUAAAAAUAUCUUCCAAUACUGAGCCUCGUUUU